AUGUCUGAAUCCAACAACGCCAACAAUGGCAUUCAACCGAUAGAAGUAGACAUGUUUGAACGCAAUGAGACCCCAGCUGAGGAACCCGUCACGGCAGAAACACUGCUACCAAAUAAUGAUGGUUUGGUGGUGGCAGGGAUGGGAGGGCUUAUACCGCCCCAGUCACAGAAUUCUGAUAUGGAUACUAGUAGCCGCCACAGCAUUGUGGAUAUCCAAGAUAGCGAGGAUGAAGAUGACGAUCAAAGCGAAGCGUCCUUUGCAAAUGAUACCCAACAGUCAUCUGAACAUUCGGCGGCGGAUGACCUGGACGUAAGUGAACGUGGCAUGUCGGAAUCCAUUCAGAAUCAGGAAACUUUGACAACAUGGGCAGGCCACUAUCUACCCACCCCGACCACGAGGAACAGCAUUCUGUCCAGUGGUUCUAAUCACGGCACAAGGGAGAGGCGACGCAGCAGUGAAAGAUCCAUCUCUUUCUCCCCGUUUGUCGUCGUCUUGGACAGCGAACCACCCAUGCACGAUGACAAUGAUGAUACCGAGGACUCUCGAGGUGACUUUGCUGAAAAGCAACCAGACUCAAGCUUUGGAAAUGUACAGCAAGGCUCUGGUGAUGGACAUCCAAACUUUGGGGAUGUGCAAGCAGGCUUGAUUAGUGGGAUGGUGCGACCCGCACCACCCAUGGACCCCCUGUCCUCAAGCAGCUCCAGUGGCUCUCCAGCAGUAGAGGAAGACGCUGGUAUGAGUGUUGGGAGAACAAGUUCAUCUGAAUUAUCGCAUAUUGGAGACAUUCGCACCGCUGAGAAGAUCAUGUCAGACUCUCCACAUGACGACCUAGACUUGAGUGAACAGGGCUUGUCAGACUCUGUGCAUACACAUGACAGGCUCAGAACUUGGGCAGACCACUACCUCCCAACUACCCCUCAAAGUGCAAACAAUUCCAGCAGCCAAAGUGGCAGAAGUGAACGCCGUGAUAGGUCCAUCUCAUUCUCCCCAUACAUUGUUGUCCUGGAAAACGACGCGCUGGACAACGCAUCUCAAGACGACGAUGUUGCAAUGGAGGAAAACGGUUCUGUAGAGCAAACCAAGGAAUCCACGCCGUCAGAUCCUCCUACGCCAGUAUCUAUCAGCAGCUUGAGCGACUCUCCAACCGACUCUGAUGGAAAAGAUGACAGCAUGUCGGCUUCCAGUCAGGGGGAUGAUGAAUCGAGCCAAGGGAGCAGCAUGUCAGGAUCCCUUCUGCAAAGUCUCAGUGCGAUUCGGAGACGUGUGUCUAGUUCGCUUCCGAAUCAGAACAGCCUCAGGAAUUGGGCUGAUCACUAUCUUCCAACGUCGCCACGAGAUAGCGGUUCUUCGCAAGGCACUUCAACCGAGAGAAGGAGUAGCACGUCGGGACGAUCCAUCUCUUUUUCACCAUUUGUCGUGGUAUUGGAUCGAGACUCGCCUCCAAGUGAAUCCGAUGAAGAUUCAGAUGAAGAGUUUCACGACGUUCCAACUCCCCCCUCUUCACAUGAGACGCCAGACACCGUCCAGAUAAGCCCUGUCAACACGUUUGUGGGCGACAGUGGCGGAAAGGACGACGGUUCCGCACAAAUUUUGGCGAGAUCCUCGUCUUCAAACAGUUCUCGCAGUCGAAACAACUCAGACGAGCAGUUCUACGAUGCAGCUGACGCGGUCGCCGCUGGUACGAGUGACGGUGAUAGCGACGCUGAUGGCUCAUAUGGAGUGCAGGGAAAACCUUCCAUCACUUCAUCGGUUGCCAGCAUGUUGGGGGUACCACAAGAAAUGAGUACCUGUAGUGAAGGACUUCUAAGCGGCCAGGGUGCUGCCAGUCCCUCCGGUCUUGCCUCACCACAAGAUCAGGCAAUCCCAUUCGGAAAGAGAGCUUCUUUUGAUAUGGAGGAUUCAAGCAUUGAUCGCUCAACCGAAGCCCAACCAAGUGUCGAUGGGGAACCGCGAAGAUCUCUGAAUUGGACUGACUUUGUGAAGGGCUUUGUAGCUACAGCUUCCUCGUCCUCAAUGGACAAGUCGGCGGAUGGGUCUGACACGGACAAGAUUUCUAAGAAGGAGGCACUGGGCGAUGACGGUUCAAAAAGCAUGGAAAGCCUCGUUCUCGAAGACGACACUCCAAGUGACUCGGAAGAAGAUAUCAGCAUUGAGAAACCGGAUGAGACUCGGAGCAGCUUGCUUUUCUCUGGCGCUUCGGCCAUCGUAGUGUCUGGAUUUGAAAAGGCUACUUCUUUCGGCCCUCGAAUGUUUGGGCGUGCAGACGAAACCGUCGCAUCAGACGCUGAUACUGCGGUCGGCGAGCCACUGCAAACGCAAGAAUUGGUCGUGCAAUCCAGCUCGCCGGAGAUCAAGGCCAAAAAUGUGCUUCUCGCGAGAUCGACAGCAGAGCGACGCACUCGAUCAAAUAAAACAACACAAGUAAUGGCUUCUCACGCUGCUCAGGCGGCCGCAGGUGCUGCGUCCGCUGGGACAUUGUCGGCUACGGGUUCUUCUGGAAAGAAAUCGGUGAAUUCAGAAGUUUCUUCCAUUGGGGUGCAAGUCGGAGUUGCAAUCGGAUUGGUUGCUGUUGUGAUAUUUGGCGUAUCAAGUGGUAUUGCGAUUGCGAUUGGUUCGUCGUCUCCUGUGCCUGAUGCCGCGCUGGUAGCCUGUGGCGAACACGCCGAGAGAAAGCAAGGGAGACUAUCGCUGAUUUUUGAAAAUGUCCCUGCCGCAGUCCUCAGGAAGGAGCGCCGAACGAUACAGGACGUGUUCCUGGCAUCUUACAACAAUGCCUCGGGAAUGUGCGAAGGUUUGUUUGAAAGAAUCAUGGUAGAUGCUACAAUGGUUGAUUGGAGAGAUGUGGCUCCGAAUGCUCCUAUGAUUGCAACAAGUUGGGUGUGCAGAGUGAAUUGCACCGGUUGCCCAGACAACGAACCACUGUUUUCGGAUGGACUCGAAGGCAGAAGACUGGAAGCUGACUCGCGUUUCGUUUACGACUACACUGGGUCAAACGAUUUUUUCUCCAGGUUUACCCAAAUUUUGAAUUCGAACAUGCUGACCUUUCUCAACCUCUCUAAUUUUGCGGCUGUAAUUUCAAUUGACAUGGAGACCGGCCAACAGGACCAGAUUAUGACUUUCGUUGACGGCACGGACAGCUCCUCCACCAGUCCAACCAGCUUCCGUCCUCUUGGUGAUGUUGAAGCGUCGGUAUCGCCAAGCGUGACCCCAGCUGACUACCCUGCACCGUCAACAACUCCAGCAUCGCCGCCAUCAACCCCGACUGGAUACUAUCCGAGCGCGAAGCCCUUAGCAGACUACGACUACCCCACACGACUGCCGUCGCCAACUUCAUUUCCUACCGGUAUCGCGAUUUCAACUUCGGCGCCGUCAAGAUGGAAUCAACUGACGCCUUCUCCAUCACAAGAUUUUUCGAGCCCAGCCCCCCAGGACAUCCCUUCGCAAUCACCGGCAGAAUCAAUGCAGCCAACUUCGCCUUCCCUACAAACUAUGUUCCCAUCCGAAAUACCUUCGUACAGACCAUCUGCUGGGUUCCGAUUGCAAACAUUGUUUUUCACGGAAAUCCCAACUAGCACGCCAGGACAAACCGCCGACCCAGCCAACACCGUAAGCCCUACAUCGGAGCAAACAACGUCGCCCACCACUUCCAUAUCGAAUAACCAAUCACCUACGGACUCCCCUGUGGCACCAUCAACAGGAACGCCCCCGGUUGCAGACCCGUCAGAUGCCAACACUUUAGGCCCAACAAUCACCGAAAGCCCCACAUUGGAACAAUCAACAAGCGAACCCGGCGUUCCCACAUUCACCAACGAGCCACCAACAGAAUCACCUGUGGUGCCAACAAUUGCAACGCCUCCGGUCGCCGAACCAUCAGCCACCACCUCAUUGGAGCCAACAAGAGACUCAAUGACGCCAGAACCUACGAUAGGCCCAUCUACACAAAGCGUAUCAGCUGAACCAUCCACAACGGAACCAACGUCCGAGAAUGUCACUAAUGAACCCACCCAUGCCCCAACACUUGUUCCAACCUUAACACCAACAAUUGAACCAACUGUUGCCCCCACGUUGGAUCCCACCAGUGCACCAACGUCAUCUCCAACAGCUAUGCCAACUGGAUUGCCCACGAUUGAUCCAACCGACAACCCAACCAACUUACCUACUCUUGCAACACCAUUUCCCUCUCCUGCAACACCACUUCCAACUGCAGAAGAUGGUGUUGUGGUAACUACAAGGAACCCAACCAGCCCACCCACGCUCCCCCCAACCACUGCUCCUACAGCACCACCCACAAACCCACCUACAAACCCUCCAACAGCACCACCAACAAGUGUUCCAACAGCUCCUCCCACAAACCAGCCAACAAAUCUUCCUACAUCUCCUCCCACCAACCAGCCAACUAAUCCUCCUACAGCUCCUCCAACUGUGACUGCUGGAGAGCCUUCAGCAAGCCCCACAACCAGAACUCCAACCUCCAGUCCGACCAAUGCUCCCACAGAACCCCCCACAGCCCCCCCAACCAAUGCUCCUACAUCGCCUCCAACGAAUCAGCCAACUAACCCCCCAACAUCUCCUCCAACUGAUCAGCCAACCAAUCCUCCGACAUCUCCUCCCACCAACCAGCCAACUAACCCCUACAUCCCCUCCCACCAACCAGCCAACUAA